CGGGGAAGCUGAUGACGAUGAUGCUGAUGUGUUCUGUGCUGCUGUUCGCCUACAUUGGGAACUCCCGGUCCUCGGAAGUGGCCUGGCGGUACUGCGGUAGAGACCUGGCCAGAGCCCUGUCCACGACUUGUAACAGCACCUUCAGUAAGCCGCUUGAGACAGUUCACACUACAAUCUCAGGAAAGGGCGAGACUGUGUCCGUGACAACCCGGCAUAUAUUCCGGCACAAGCGGGAGGUGGUGACGGAGUGUUGUUUGAACGGCUGCACAGUCGAUCAACUGAGGGCUUACUGCGAAUAAUCCCUAGGAACUUACAUUUCUCCUUUUUUUGUACGCAACUAUUGUUCAACUCCGAGCAAAUAUUUUAAUAAGAAUUGUAUUAUUGUAGUUUUAAAAUGAUAAUUUACUAUAUUCCACAUACCUUGAAUAUCCAAACUACAGAGAACCAAACACCACAAUUAAAUUAAAGUGCUAAGAGGGUUAUAAUUGCCUUUAAAUACUUAUAGUUGUAAUUGUAUUUGAAUUUAAAAUUGACUAAUAUUAUUUUGGUAUAGUAAUCUUUACAAUUUGCACUAUACAAGUUGUCUUGGUAAAAGCUAUUACCUUUUAAGGACGUGAAAUUAAUUUUAAUUUCCAUUAUUGAUGUUUUGUGUAAGGUAAAUUUUCAAUUAGCCACCAGAAUGAAAUAGCGACCUCUAUUUUGCAUAAUUUUUCUUCUAUUUUAAUGCUUUUUAAAACAAAAUAUUUUUUAGAAGUUCUUAGUGAAAAAUUAUGGCUUGCUCCCAUAAUACACCAUUUGGAGGGUGAGGUAUUUCAUACGUAAAAAGUCCGUAGUAGUUCAUUUAAAUGUUUCCCUUAGUAAAUCUUAAUUUUCCCCUUUAUGAAAGCAUUGGAUUUGUUUUAAUACUCUGUUUUUCUAUACAAAUGUAUCAGUUAAUACACAUUUAUAUUACAGGCGUGAAUUUCACUGCAAUUCUUAACAACUUACUCCUACAAACACACGCUUCCAACUAAUAUUGUUUCAAAAAUAAAUGUGUAAAUUUUUUGGAUUUCUGAUUCAAAC